AUGGACAUCAAAUCCGAGAGCUCGGUGUUCAAGAGCCCAGACCCAGAGAAGGCCUACAAGGGGGCUCAGACGCAAACCAGUGUUUCUUCAAAUGCGACUUUGGACGAUGCGUUGGACCAACUCGAAAUAUCCACCAAAGACGCCGACGAAGCUUUUGCCUACUUGAAAGGCCAUCCGAAUGCUGAUGCCGUUCGACAAGAGGCCAUUGCUAUUUUAUCUGAUCCUAAGGCGACAAGACGGCUUUUGCGGAAGAUUGACUUUACGAUCGUUCCUUGUAUGAUUGCGGUGUACUUUCUUCAGUUUCUCGACAAGACAACCAUUUCAUACGCUGCCGUGAUGGGUCUCCGUGAGGAUACUCAUCUCGUGGGUCAGGACUACAGCAAUAUCGCGAUGAUGUUUUAUAUAGGGUUCUUAGCAGCAGAAUUCCCGACGCAAUAUUUGGCUCAACGCAUCAGUCGCCUGGGUAAGUAUCUGGGUGCGAAUGUCAUGAUAUGGGGGGCGGUCUUGGCCUGUAUGGCCGCCUGUACCUCGUAUGCCGACCUGAUGAUCUGCCGGACAUUUUUGGGAAUUUUCGAAAGCCCGGUUGCGCCGAUACUCGUGUUGAUCGUGUCGAUGUGGUACAAGAAGGAAGAACAAGCUCGCCGCGUUUCGGCCUUCUAUGUGUGCAACUCCAUUACGCAGAUCUUUGGAUCCGGCGUCGCAUAUGGGGCGAGUUUUUCGACGAGUCGAUUCGCUAGCUGGCGGAUAUUUUUCCUCACCAUUGGAUUAAUGACGAUUGUAUUGGGGUUUUGUGUUUUCAUGAUCCUGCCGGACUCUCCAGUCAGGGCCGUCCGAUUUACGGAAGCGGAGAAAAUUGCCGCCUUACUUCGUGUCAAGGAGAAUCAGUCGGGCACCCAAAACGCGAAACUCAAGAAGUCACAGGUGAUUGAGUCGCUCAAGGACAUCCGGGCCUGGCUAGUCUUUCUAUCCGUGCUUCUGACGUCUAUCCCAAACGGCGGCCUAUCCAACUUCUCGUCAAUCCUACUUACCACGUUUGGCUACAGCAGCCAACAAGCUUUGAUCCUGAACAUGCCUUCAGGGGCCGUAGGUAUUUUCGUGGUCUUGCUAUCAGGCUAUCUCAGUGACCGUUGGAAUGACCGUUCGUUGGUUAUGCUCAUCUGUUUGAUUCCGACCAUCAUUGCUGCCGGUUUGAUGUAUGGUCUCGACCCGGACGGGAUACCCAAAAACAAAGGCGUCCUAUUAUUUGCAUCUUACCUUAGUGGUACUUUUGGUGCUGCUUUUAUGCUGUUACUGGCUUGGAAUGCAUCCAAUCUCGCCGGCCAUAGCAAAAAGGUCACCGUCAAUGCCUUGACUUUGGUCGGCUUCUGCACCGGCAAUAUCCUGGGUACGCAAACUUUCCAGGAGAGUGAGGCGCCGGGCUACAAGAGCGGAAAGAUCUCGAUUGUCGCGUGCCUGGGCGCACAAGUGUUGGUGUGCUUCGCCUUGAGAUACUGUAACGAUCGUCUCAACCGGAGAAACCAACGCAUUCUCGAGAACAUGAGCGAGGAAGAGAAGACGAUAGUCCGAGAGAAGUUGGCUUACAGCGACGAAACGGACCUACGCAACCCAUUUUUUGUAUAUACCCACUAA